GAUUGAUAAACAAAUAUUUGGCCCGCAUAACGUCCCAGUCCCGGGUCGCGUACCUCCAGCUAUACAUUUUGUCGCUUGCGGAAUUAUCAUAGUAGCGUACACUGUACAGAUAUCGCAAAUUGUUGUUUGUCGAUGUUAUAGGUGUCUAAUAUCGGCGAUUUGUAAAUUAGUAUUAUACAGUUGUCCUUUAACCAGUUUACACGAAUUCCAAAUUCCAAACACUUUUCGUUGAUGGCUAUGACUCUGGGAAAGGAUACCAUGGGAGAGCAGCCAAUAUUUACAUGCAAGGCCCAUGUGUUCCACAUAGAUCCUAAGACAAAAAAAUCAUGGAUAUCGGCAUCUACAGUGGCUGUCAAUGUUUCAUUCUUUUUCGACUCCCACCGGGCAUUGUAUCGCAUCAUUAGUGUUGAAGGAAGCAAAGCCGUCAUUAACAGUACUAUAACUCCAAAUAUGUCAUUUACAAAAACAUCACAAAAAUUCGGUCAGUGGACCGACAAUAGGGCAAAUACUGUUUAUGGUCUUGGGUUUUCUUCUGAACAAGAACUGAAUAAAUUCAUACACAAGUUUGAAGAAGUAAAAGAAAAAACAAGACAAUCGGCAGUAAGUGGACCACAGCAGAUUCAACAAGCGUUUAUGAGUUCAACAACACCAAUUACAAGUGCUAAUGCUAGUCCUGUAACUACACGUAUUAGUCAGUCAUCUGAUGGUCAAAGUAUUAUUGAACCUCCCAACAUGACACCAACAGAUCCAAAUACUACUCCUGAAGAUACUAAUUCAACUGAACAAAUGAUUAACCAGAUGUCUAAAACUAUGAUUUCCAAUGCUAAUCAUGCCGCAGAGAGUCCAAAACAUCAAGGGAGCAAUGAUGGACGUAUGAGUGGUGGAAAUUCUAUGUUACCUGAAUCUCAAUUAAAAUAUGAAAAUGAAAGAUUAAAAUUAGCUUUAACUCAUAGUUCAGCAAAUGCAAAAAAAUGGGAGAUUGAACUUCAGACACUAAAGAACAAUAAUUUAAGAUUAACCAAUGCAUUACAAGAAAGCACAGCUAAUGUAGAUGAAUGGAAACGCCAGUUGCAAUCUUAUAAAGAGGAAAAUCAGCGAUUGAAAACUAGAUACCUUGACGCUGAAGUAGCCAAAGGAGGAUCUGAAGUUGCUUCAGAAUUAAGAAAUGAGUUAACUAGUCUACGCUUGAAGGUUGAAAACCUUGAUGGUGAAUUGAAAAGUAAAAAUGAAGAAAUCCAAAAGAUGACUAUGAAUAGAAUGCCACUUGAAGAAAAAUGCAAGGUACUUAGUCAAGAGAAUGCAGAACUUCAAGCUGCAGUUAGCCUAGCACAAGCACAAUUGGAAACAGCUUUGGCAGCACAAGAAUCACAACGGCGUGUUAUAGAUACACUCAACAAUAGCCUAUUUGUACGUAUACAAGAAUUGGCUGCAAUACACAGAGAAAUGACAACUGCUAUUCAAACCUAAGGUAUAUUGAUUUGUGAAUAGUUAAAUACCAAAUGAUUGAUCGUAGAAAGCAAUUUAAAAUUUAAUUCAUUUUUUUAAAUCACAUAAUUAUAUGGUUUUUUAUUUAUGUUAUUAUUUUAUUUAUAAGAAACUGUUGAGUGACUAUUAUUGAGUAAAUCAAUGGAAAAUAUUAUAUUUAAAAAAAAACAAGUUCAUCUAGAUCAAAAAUGUAUACAAAUAAAAUUAUCUUUUAUCAAUUUUGCAUAUUUAUAACUUAAUUCAAUUUUUAAUUUCUUGUAUAUUCAUUAUUUGUGAUUGACUAAGAUUUAGAAAUAAAUUAUGUAUAAAUUUGUAUAAUCUUGAAGAAAGUUGAUGAACUAGAAGUAUUAAUACAAUGUAACCAUUAAAUACUGUUAUAAUUAGUGCUUGGAAGUUAUAGGAAUUAAAAUCGAUAAAUACACAAACAAAAUAUAAAAAUUAAAAAAAAAAUUAUAUUUUAUUAAUUGCUGUGUCUAGACCAGUGUUGCAUCGAGACAAUUAUGGGGGGGGGGGGGGGUCACUUGUUUUUUUUGGGAGUCAGUAGAUAGUAUCUAUACUGGCAAUACGGUAUAUGUUAAUGGUAUUAACACUAUUAGGUGUGUUAAUCAUAAAGAGUAUUGUAAAUUUUUUUUAAAGUAUUAAUUAUACCUGAAUUCAACGCUGAUCUAGAUGCCCAGACGUGAUCGAUAAGAUAAUAUAUGACAGACUAUGGUCGGUAGAAUAUGGUACCUUUAACCAGUGUCAACACCUAACAUACACAAAUUAGCAGAAUACUAUAAACAAUUAUUUUGGCAUAUAGUCAUAACUCAUAGAUAGUGCAUAUUUGAUUGUGUGAUAUCAACUUGCGUAGCCAUAUAAUUGAAAAAAAAUUUCAUUAGGUAUAUAAAAGAUUGUACCAUAACUUUCCUUACUUAUAAAUGCUUAUCAAAACAUUACAAGGAGAUCCUAUAUUAAAUUUUCAAGAUUUUUAGUUGAAAA